UGUAUUCCUGCACACAAGUAGCGGGUACGAGAGAGAGAGAGAGAGAGAGAGAGAGAGAGAGAGAGAGAGAGAGGAGGAUGGGUUCCUUGAAUUGUUUACGGAGCUUGGGAUUGUCUGGGAAUCCAAGUCCCUGCCGAACGAUGACGAAGAGUUUCAAGUGGAACCCAACUUCUUGCCGAACGUUGUCGAAGAGUUCCAAGACGAUGACCACGAUGGAGAGUCGCAAGGUCCCGACGAAUCCCAGCGGCGCCGACUUUCCCAUUGCGGCGGACAAAUGUCAGAGCCUUUGUGGGUGCGGCCGGCGACUCUUCCUUGGCGGCGCUCCGCUCCUGAUGACUCCUCCCGCCACGGCACGCCGGCCACCCGAUGGCCCCCGCGUCGAUCCAACGGUUAUACUGAACGAGGUUCAUCCCCCAAAGCCUCAAUGGUACGACGAACUGUAUGCUUGGGCAAUGGAAAAUCUUAUGGAGUCCUACAAGAUGAAGAUUUCAGGAUACAAGGAACAACUUUUCAAGGAUUUGGAAGGUGAAACUAGAAAGGUGUUGGAACUAGGUAUUGGGACGGGGCCAAAUAUUCAAUAUUAUGCUACUGGUCCAGAUGUUACUGUAUAUGGAGUAGAUCCAAAUAAGCAAAUGGAAAAAUAUGCAAAGGCGGCGGCACUAAGGGCAGGGCUACCACCAUCAAACUUUUACUUCACGCAAGCGGUUGGAGAAGGUUUGCCUGCUGAAGAUUGCAGCAUGGAUGUUGUUGUUGGAACACUUGUGCUAUGUUCUGUGAAAGAUGUUAAUGCGACCCUAGAAGAGGUGCUGCGAGUGCUAAAGCCUGGUGGACGGUUCAUCUUUUUGGAACAUGUGGCUGCUCCAGAUGGCACACCACUAAGGCUCCUCCAAGGCAUCCUUAAUCCUCUACAGAAAUUCGUCGCCGAUGGGUGCCAUUUGAACAGAGAAACAGGAAAAGAAAUCUCUAAAGCUGGAUUCUCAGAUUUGGACCUUAACAUGUCUUUUGUGCCUGGUCUCUCUUUCCUCAGCCCUCAUGUGUACGGUGUGGCAAUCAAAUAGGUAAAGAACAUAUGAACAAAGGCACAAACUAUUUGCUCAACCGUCUAUGUGCCCAAUGGUUUGGAUUGGAAUAGAAUGUACUCUUAACCAUGUGUGUUUUUUCAUCUGUUCAAAUAUUUAGAUACAAAUGGAAAUGAAGAAAACUUGAUAUCGUACCUGAAUCUAAA